AUGAACCAAUCACACUCUAGAGUACCUCCAAACAAGCAUUUCCUAUGCUUCGCCCCACAUGGUCACUUUAACCCUUUACUCGGGCCUGGAUCAUCUUCCCUCUCGUCUUCACCUCAACUUGCUGAUGACUUCCAGGAAGAAAGCGAGGCUUACGAGGCUUACGAUGCCCCCGCAUAUCUCCAGAAGAUUGUCGAUGAUAUUCGUAAUCUGGAAGUCGUGUAUUUCGCCGGUCGGGAUAGUGAGUCGAUUCCGUUGUCUGGGUGGUAUGAGUAG